AGCAUUUCACAGCGAUCAUCCCAGUGCGUCUUGCAGGCAGGCCCAUCCCGUUCUACCAACGGCGGAGCCCAAACUGCACCCCGCCCGCUCCACCGCCCAUCCAAGCCGGCUCCCCUUUUUAACCGGAUCUAUUUAGAACCGCCGCCACCGCUGCCACCUCCCGAGACCGGGCGGGCUGCAUUGUGGCCCCUUCCAGAGCCGACUGCUUUCCCUUCUCUUCCUGCUUUCCCGCAGCAAAACAGCUCGGAGGCAAAGUACGAACGGAAGAAGCUGCAACAGCCUGAGCUACUGCCGACUCCGCCCGGCUCCUUUCAGUCUUAUGCCCUGAAAUCCGGGCCAGGGCUCUCUAAAGUGCCAGGGUGAUCGAGCAGCCGGCCGGCUCUGCGCCUUCCAUCUUCCACUGCGCCGCUGCUUGCUGCUGCUGCAUCUCCAACUCCGCGCGGCGUGGCCGGCUAGGGGGGAGACUUACGGAGAAUGCCUCCCGGAUCCCGGGCUCGGGACAGCCGAGAUUAGCUCCCGCCCCCGUCCCUCCCCCUCUGGUUCCCUCCCUCUCUCCGCUUCCCUGCCAGUUCAGCUCCGGAUGCGGCUUGGCCAGCGCUCGGCAGGCACGUCUAAGCCGGGUUCUGCCCUUCUGCAGCUCCCCCUCUUUCUCCUCCAGCCGAUCGAGGCUUAGCUCGCUGCACCGUGUGAACAAGAUGGCGGGGUCGGUAGCAGAGAGGGACGCGGCGAAAAUAGAGGACAGACUUUUAAACAACUCCUUGGGAUCCCCAGUUCAAGCCGAAGUGUAUUUUCCACGACUGAUUGUCCCUUUCUGUGGACACAUCAAAGGAGGAAUGAGGCCAGGCAAGAAAGUCGUGGUAAUGGGCAUCGUGGAUCUCAACCCAGAGAGUUUUGACAUCAGUCUUACAUGUGGAGAUUCAGAAGACCCUCCUGCGGAUACAGCAAUCGAACUGAAAGCCAUAUUUUCAGAUAAACAGUUCCUCAGGAAUUCCUGCAUAUCUGGAGACUGGGGUGAAGAACAGUCGUCUCUUCCAUAUUUCCCAUUUAUCCCUGACCAGCCCUUCAGGGUUGAAAUAUUGUGUGAACACCCUCGUUUUAGAAUAUUCGUGGAUGGACAUCAGCUUUUUGAUUUUUACCAUCGCAUUGAGAAGUUAUCAGCUAUUGAUACAAUAAAGAUAAAUGGAGACCUCCAGAUUACUAAACUUGGUUGACCUAGGUUUUUCAAAUUAUUAUUAAAAAAGAAAAAAAAAGAAAACCAAAAUUUUAGAUUCCAAAUUGGCUCGGGUUCUGUUAGCCUCUGUCUGAAGAAGCAAUGAGAAUUUCGUUUGGGACACCCAGAUACCAGACAGGGAUCAUUAUUGUCUUCUCAGCAACAAAAGACAUGUUGAUGAAUUGAACUAUUGUUUAUUUGAAUGAAGAAAGCACUUAAUGAUAAAUAGAUACUGAGCCGUCCUUCUUUUAUGGAACAAAAAGCCUACCCCUGCUGGAUAAUCACAUUAUAAUGGAUCUUGAAAGAGUUACUUCAUUGUCUAAACUGUAUAAGCUAUCCAUCUUCCCAAUAAGAAGGCAGGUUUGGAAAUCAACUGCUAAAUCGAUUACAACAGUGACUUUUCUUUUUGCAAAUCAUCAUCAUCAUCAUCCUAAAAAAGUUCUCCUGCACUUAAGGGGAUUAAUGUAAGUGUAACACCAAUCACAAAAUUAGGCCAAAUAUGGAAGCCAUUAUUCAACGCCUAUAGUUGAUUUUAUUCAAACCAAUAACAAAGGAUCCACAGAUGUUAACAGUGCAGUCUUGGCUGGACACUGUGGGCAGUGGUCUAGCACAUGCUUAUCUCCUUCAUCCCACAGAAUCAAGGGAAGACAGCACACCUAAUUACAGGAUUGUGACCACUUGAAUUGCCAAGGAAAAAGAGAAACUGAGUAAUGGCUUCUGAAUUUAGCCUGCAUAUUUUAGUCAGGGUAUGUGUAUAGAAUGUAGGUCAUUACAUGUUUUGCACAAUGUAAUAUUAAUACAAUCUUUUAAGAGCUUUCCUCUAGUUUAUUUAUUGGUACUCAUUGUGUUAAUGUAUUAACAGAAAAAAAUCAAACAAUAUUAUUGAAGCUUUAGAGGGGUAAAGUAUAAGCAUUCUCAAUAUACAAUGUUAUAGUAACAUAUCAUUUUGGAAAUACCUGCUGUUUUAUCUUAAGGUGGUUGGGGAUAUUUUUGUGGUGCCCUCACAAUGUCACAAAAGAUUAUUGUCAUGUUUUCACCAGAAAUUGUUUUCAGUAUGUUGUAAUUUUGCUGUAAAUGGUACUCAGAAUUCACUCCUUCCCUCAGCUAAUAAGGAUUUCUAAUUUGAUUGGGAUAUGCAUACACUGCAGUCCUGUUAUACUCAUUAUCCAGGAGUAAGCCCCCUUCUGGGCAAUGAAAUUGAUUUCUAAGUAAA